AUGGCUGCUGCUAUGGACGACAGGAAUCGAUCAUUGAAACAGGCCCUCAUAGAUAGCCUGACAGCUAUCUUGUCGCCAGACCAACAGUCUAGACAGAUGGCAGAAGAACAACUCAAGGUUCUUGAGGUCACGGAAGAAUUUGGUGUCCACUUAGCAGAACUCACAGUUGACAGAGAGGGAGCUCUUGCUAUCAGACAGGCUAAGGCAGAGAUUCGUCGUCUUUUACCAGGAGGUCUACAGGAAUCAAUCAGUAAAGUCAGGUCAAGUGUGGCAUAUGCAAUCUCAGCCAUAGCAUAUUGGGACUGGCCAGAAGCUUGGCCACAUUUGUUUGGGAAUCUGAUGGAGGCAUUGACAAGUGGUGAUGGUAAUUUGGUUCAUGGAGCUAUGAGAGUUUUAACUGAGUUCUGUUGUGAGGUGACGGACACACAGAUGCCGCAUGUUGCACCUGUGAUCCUUCCUGAAAUGUACAAGAUAUUCAUUCAUGCAGAGACAUACAGUAUCAGAACAAGAUCCCGUGCUGUGGAUAUCUUUAAUACUUGUGCUUCACUAAUCUGUACAAUGGAAGAAGAUGCUACAGGUAUUGCCAAGGAUGUCUUAUUUCCUCUGCUUCCACAAUUCACCCAAGCAUUUGUGGAGGUUCUUGCAAUGUCAGAUAGUCCCACAGUUGACUGUGGUUUGAAGAUGGAAGUGCUAAAAGCACUAACCACAUUAGUUAAGAGCUACACCAAACAAAUGGCACCACACUUGAUGCAGAUUCUUCCCCACAUGUGGAAUACAUUGACCCACAGUGCUGAUCGAUAUGUCCGCACAGUUGUAAAUUACACUGAUGAUGCAGAUGACCCUGUGGAUUCUGAUGGAGAAGUAUUGGGAUUUGAGAAUCUUGUUUUCAGUGUUUUUGAGUUUAUCCAUGGACUUAUAGAAACACCAAAAUUCAAGAAAACCGUGAAGAAGUUUUUAGAUGAACUUAUUUAUUUCUUGGUGUUGUACAUGCAAAUCACAGAAGAACAGGUCCAAGUGUGGACAUCCAAUCCAAAUCAAUUUGUUGAAGACGAAGAUGACGAUACCUUUUCGUUUUCUGUUCGCAUUGCGGCUCAAGAUGUUCUCUUGGCGGUUGCCGCUGACUUUAAAAAUGAUAGUGCAGUCGCAUUAACAAAAGCACUCAACAGGCAUUUACAGGAAUCAAAUGAAAGAAAAAGUAAAGGAGAUGUUAACUGGUGGAAAAUUCACGAAUCGUGCAUGUUGGCAAUGGGUUGUAUUAAAUCACUGAUUAUUGACAAAGUCUCCAAUGGGAAAGUUUCUAUAGAUAUGGCGUCAUUCCUCACCCAGGUUGUGUUAACAGACCUCCAGGAAUCAGUAUCUCCUUUCCUCAUUGGUCAAGCCUUAUGGGUGGCAAGUCGCUUUACUCCGCUAAUGUCUCAAGAGCUUUUAAUAAGUUUCAUCGAAGCAUCUGUCGCGGGUCUUCAGUCAACACAGUUGCCUGCGGUCAGAAUAUCAGCUGUGAGAGCUAUUUAUGAAUUCUGCGCCCAUCUUAAGAUGUCAAAUAAUACUCAGAUUCUUACACCGUACCUGGUCAAGAUCAUGGAAGGUUUAUUGACCAUGGCGACUCAAACAACAGAUGAUGUGCUGGCUCUUGUUCUCGAGUCUCUUAGAAUAGUUAUGUCGGUCAACAAGGAAUUUACAACGUCUUGUGAAGGAAAAAUAACACCGCUUACGAUAGCGCUCUUCAUUAAGUAUGCUCACGAUGCGGCUCUUAUUCCGUUAAUAGAAGACUUAUUCAAGGAACUUGCCAUGAUAGAGGCCUGUAACAAGCUUUUACAGCAGAGGUUUCUACCGACAUUAAUAAGUAUUUUUCAGGCUCCCCCAGAGAAGGCACCUUUGGGAAUAAAUGCAGUCUGUAUGGAUAUCCUGUGUAACAUCAUUCGGUGCACACAGCCUCCCCUCUCCGAUCUUCUGUUGAACUCAGUGUUUCCUGUAGUUGUCAAAACAAUACUCGCAUCUGAUGACAACGCAGUAUUGCAGGGAGGCGGACAGUGUCUUCGUGCGUUUGUCUACGUAUCUCCUGAGCAGAUGAGCGCUUGGCGGGAUUCUCAAGGAAAUAGCGCCAUUUCCUACGUUGUUCGAGCAACUUCCCACUUACUCGACCCCAGGGCUCCGGAAUUCACGGCCUCCUUUGUUGGUAGACUGGUGACUACUUUAAUCAAUAAGAUCGGAAGUAACCUCGGAGACAACCUUGAUUUGCUUUUAAGAGGAGUUCUCAGCAAACUUCAACAGGCAGAAACGUUAAGUAUAAUACAGUCACUGGUCCUUUCGUUUCUUCAUCUGAUGAACAGUCAACUAGAAAGGACUCUGGAUUUUCUGAGUGGAGUCCCAGACCCAACUGGCAAGUCAGCACUGGAGUAUGUGGUCAAGAUAUGGUGUGCAAGACAACCGGAGUUCUUUGGCGUAUAUGACAGUAAAGUGAGUACUAUGGCCCUUUGUAACGUUCUUCAGUUCUUCGUGAACACUGGUGACAAAAGACUCUCCAGUAUCAUUGUGAAAGGCGAAAGGAUUUUUCAGCAAGAUGAAGGAAUCCGAACAAGAUCAAGAGCUGCGAAAGCUCCCGAGCAGUGGACGUUAAUUCCUGUACCAGUCAAGCUCUUUAAAUUAAUCAUCAAUGAGCUGGGUACCUUAUUGGAAAGUGCUACGGCGGGUGCCGAGCACGAGCACGGGGACUCAGACGAUGGAGAGGAGGGUUGGGAGGACGUAACUGAUGAGGAAGAAGGAAUUGAUGCCGCUGGAUCACCUUUUGCGCCUGCAUCUGAUUACUUAGGUUUUGAUCAAGAAGACUUUGAAGAUGAAGAUGAUGAUGAUCCAGAGAUAAAGAGUGAUCCUAUUUAUACACUUGACUUACAGAGUCACUUAAUCAAGUUUCUUCAGACCUUCGCCCUGCAGCAGUGUUAUCCGAGCUAUUUACAAGCAUUGAAUGCCCAAGAACGACACACCUUAUCCAAGAUCGGAAUAGUUUCGUGAAAAGUUCAAAGAUGUUCUAUGAUAAAUUCCCCUAAUUUAUGUUCCUAGUCACAAGAGAAGACAAGAAUGGAGAAAAAUGCUGCUUUGAUGGUUGAAUUCCCACCUUUUUAUUUGAGAUGUGACGCCAAACUUGCACAGAGGCUGUAAAAAACACUUCCUCCGCGACAAAAAGAUCAAAGUAAAAUAAAAAUGUCGACGGAUAUGCAAAUAAACGUUUAAAUAGAGGCCGAAAAUACGUUAACUUAAGACGUGAGAAUAAUUUAUAGGAGAAAAAACGUGCGUUUUGGGGCAAAAAAAGCCGUAUUCGCAGAAAGUAGUACGUGAUUUUUAUAAAGUAUUUGUAGGCUGGAAACUUAUCUAUAUCCCUAGAGAUACUAGAAAAUUCUACGGAACCUUGCUGAUAAUUUAUGUUUUGUACCUUUGGCGAGAGAUUUUUAAAGAUGCAAAAACCUUUUUUGUAAAAGACUCAUAAUGUGGUUGAGGUGAAGUUGCUAGUUCAGCUUUCUCCUUGUUGUUUAAUCGGCGUGAAAUGAUUUACAGAUGGAAAAUGCUUAAUAACAAACUCAAAAAGGACUUCAAAUUAAGUGAUGUUUUAAAAAAGCUGAAUAUUUACAGAAGGAUCCUUGGAGGCCUUGAGGGUCUCAAUUCGUUUUUUACGCCCUUAAGCUAGAAUAGGUAGCGGUUUCUUUUAUGCGAACUUCUCCGAUUGGUUGACAAAAAAAAAAAUCAUCCCUACCAUGAAUUCAAUGCUGAGGAUUAGCAGAAAUUAAGUUUUCCACCCGCCUUGCGAGAAAUGCUGCAUGUAGACUUGUCACUCAACUUUGAGCAAAUCGGUGAAAUUUUCAGAAUUUUCGAGCGAACCAUUGUGCUGUUUCUGCCAAAAAUCGCCUUACUGCACAGUUGUGAUUCGCCAGUAGUAAAUGGUAUAGUGUAGUUUGUAGAUAGGACUUUGCAAAUAAAGAAGCUACUUAAACCAA